GCUCCUUAUAUAUAAAUUCUCAUAAUCCUUCCUUCCUCCUCUCUACCGCUCACGAAUUUACAAUCUUCACACAGCCGAAGGCGUAGAACCAGAGCACACUAAGAAAUGGCGGAGGGUCUUGUUCUGCGGGGCACAAUGAGGGCUCACACCGACAUGGUGACGGCCAUAGCCACUCCGAUUGAUAAUUCCGAUAUGAUUGUCACAUCUUCCCGUGAUAAAUCCAUCAUCUUGUGGCGCCUCACCAAGGAGGAGAAGACCUACGGUGUUCCUCAACGAAGACUCAACGGCCACUCUCACUUUGUUCAAGAUGUUGUCCUCUCAUCCGAUGGUCAGUUCGCUCUCUCUGGUUCCUGGGACGGCGAGCUCCGCCUCUGGGACCUUGCCACUGGCGUCACAUCCCGUCGAUUUGUUGGACAUUCUAAGGAUGUUCUCUCUGUCGCUUUCUCCAUCGACAAUCGCCAGAUCGUCUCGGCCUCUCGCGACCGAACCAUUAAGCUAUGGAACACUCUCGGUGAGUGCAAGUACACAAUCCAGGAUGGUGACGCUCACUCUGACUGGGUUAGCUGUGUCAGAUUCAGCCCUAACACGCUCCAGCCAACGAUUGUUUCGGCGUCUUGGGAUAAGACUGUGAAAGUGUGGAACUUGACUAAUUGCAAGUUGAGAGUCACUCUCGCCGGACACGGCGGUUAUGUCAACACAGUGGCUGUUUCACCGGAUGGUUCACUGUGCGCCAGCGGUGGCAAAGACGGAGUGAUUUUGCUGUGGGAUUUGGCUGAGGGUAAGAAGCUCUACUCCCUGGAUGCCGGAUCCAUUAUCCAUGCUCUUUGUUUCAGCCCCAACAGGUACUGGCUAUGUGCUGCUACUGAGAGCAGUAUUAAGAUCUGGGACUUGGAGAGCAAGAGUAUUGUUGAGGACUUGAAAGUCGAUUUGAAAACCGAAGCGGAGAAAACUGAUGAUACCCAUGCUGCCACUACCAACAAGAUUAAGGAUAUCUACUGCACAAGUUUGAGCUGGAGCGCAGAUGGGAGCACAUUGUUUAGCGGCUACACAGAUGGAGUCAUCAGAGUUUGGGGAAUUGGUCGUUAUUAGAAAUAUCAAUGAUUAUUUGCAGAUGCACUUUUUUGUUUCUAUUUUGAGAAGAAAAACCUUAUCAGUCUUUAGAAUUUUCUUUAGGGUUUUGCUGGGAGUGAUAUGAUGAAUCAUUUGGUUUUUAAAUUUGAUGUUGAAGAUGAUUUUUGAGGUCAACAAUGUUUUGUCUUUGAGAUACAUGCCAAAAUUCAGGGGUAAAAGUUUCUGUUAUUUUCUUCCA